CGCGCGCCUGCGUAGACGGUGCAGGGUGAGACAGGAAGAGGGUGGUGAAUCCGGAACGCGGCCCGAUUCCUUUUUGCUGCGUGGAAACCGAUGAUUCGAAGUGGAAACAAGCACUAGAAUCAUGCUUAAUUCUUUUAGUUAUGUGAAUGAUCACAUUGGCUUUUAUGGUAGUGUGAAAAACUCUCCUAGUGACUUUGUAGUAGCAGAAAUUGAUGUGUUUGGGCGGUUACUUAGUGACACUGAGUCUUCUUGUGCUAUCAGUGAAACUCCAUUGGAACAAAAGAGCCCCUACCAGCAGCAUCACAAAAGGUUAAGAAUAAACGCCCCAGAACUGGGCAUAGAGGAUGAACAUUGCCAGUUGGAAAAUCUAAGUCACGCUUCAGAAGAACGUCUUUCAUCUGUUAAAGAAAACAAGGAACGUGUGACCAAAACCAUACCUAAAAGUGGGAUCGAUGACACUGACAUAUUGGACUCCUUGUUAGGCAGGUCUGUGAAUGAGCUGCUUAGUCAGUUUGCUUGCAAUGUAAAAGAUGCAUGGAAUUCAGAAAAUGAUCAGACUCCUUAUUCUAAUGAAUUCUUACUGGGGCCUAUCUUUGAGAAAGAGAAUCGAGCCUGCUUACAUAGUGCCAUAAGACAGAAAUUUCCUUUCCUAAUGACUGUUACAAAAAACAGUGAAAUUAUUGUAAAAGCAAAUGCUGAUUACAGAGAGCUUUGCCAGUUAGUUACUGAAGAAGAAGCAUAUGAUUUUUUUAAAUUUUUAGAUGCAAAACUGGAGAACUCUAAACUUUCUUUUAAGCCCAAUAAGAACAAGGAACACAGAAAGACUGUCCAUCAUUUCAUCAGUAAAAAAUUUGGAAAACUUUUAGAAACGAAGUCUUUUUCUGUGACAGACUUCAGUGGUCAGCAAAACACAGCGAUAAUGGUAAGAUUUCGGGAGAAAAUGUGUUCCAGAAAGAGGCCAGCUGCUGAUUGCCAGGAGAAACAGAAUCUUUAUACAGCUUUCACCCUUCAGAAAGAAAAUCUGGAAACACUAGAAGCAAUUGGCUAUUUGUCAUCUGAACUUGGUGUACUUCCUUCAGACUUCAGUUACACAGGCAUCAAAGAUAAGAAGGCCAUUACCUACCAAGCUAUGGUUGUGAAGAAAGUGACUCCUGAGAGGAUGAAAGAAGUUGGAACAGCAAUGGUAAAAAAGGGAAUGAAAGUGUAUAACAUUCACAGAGUAUGCCAGCACCUUAGACUUGGUCAGCUGAAGGGAAAUCACUUUGAUAUAACUGUGAGAGAUCUAGGGCUCCAACAAGAUGAUUCUUCUGCAGAUCUGAAAGAGAGAAUAUCAGAAGCAAUUGAGAACAUUAAGACUAACGGAUUUGUAAAUUACUAUGGACCUCAGCGAUUUGGGCAGGGACAAAAUGUUCGGACAGAUCAAAUUGGACUGGCUUUGCUGAAUGAAGAAAUGGUAAAAGCUAUGAAGUUAUUUUUCACACCAGAAGAUACAGAUGAUCCUGUAAACCAGGCAAAGAAGUAUUUUCUUCAGACUGAGGAUGCAAAAGGCACUCUUGCAAGGAUGCCCGAAUUUAAAGUAAGAGAGAAGAUGAUACUUCGUGCCUUGAAUCGCUAUGGAGUGAACCAUGAGGGCUGUACACGAGCAUGGUUUAGUCUUCCUCAUUCCAUGCGCAUAUUUUAUGUUCAUGCAUAUUGCAGUAAAAUUUGGAAUGCAGCAGCAUCUUACAGGUUUAAGAUAUAUGGGUCAAAAGUAGUAGAGGGUGAUUUAGUCCUCUCUGAAGAAAAUGUUGAUGAAAGCUCUUCUCUGAAUGACCGAGUCCACAUAGUAACUGCUCCAGAAGAGUCAGCUAACAAUUAUACAAUACAUCAAGUGGUUCUUCCAAUGGUUGGGCACAGUAUCAAGUAUCCCAGUAAUAAAGUUGGGCAGUGGUACCAUGAAAUGCUUGCUGAGGAUGCAUUGCAGACAUGCAGGUUUAGACUGUCUGCAUUACAGCUGAAUAUACCUGGAUGCUACAGACACAUUUUGAAAAAUGUUCACAAUUUAUCUUAUUGCUUCUUAGAAGAUAGUAAAGAGGGAAUCAAAAGUGAAGACAGCUGUCAUCUAGAUGCAUCAAAAGCAUCACUUUUUCUUUCAUUUGACCUCGAUCCUUCAUGUUAUGCAACAGUAUGUCUAAGGGAGAUAAUGAAAUGUGAUAUUUAAAAUGUUUGUGUUAACAAAAAUUUCAGAAGUAGUAUAGUGGUGGUCUUUUACAUAAGUUGCCUAUAAAAUAGAAGGAGCUAACUUGUCAGAGCAUGAAUAAUGUCAAUUUGAAAGUUAUGAAAUUAAGUGAAAAAUUAAUGUAUACUGUUAUAUGUGGGGGGUUGUAUUUUUUUUAACUUUACUUGUCUUCUGUGUGCUGGAGCUAAAUCCUUCUAAACUAUAUUUAUAGUUACACCUGUUAAAACAGGCUCAAAAUAGCCAAGGGUUGCAGAUACGGCUUUUAACUAUUCGUAUUUCAAGAAGUUUCAUACCAUAUGCAAAACUAGACUCUUUAAAAAGAGGUUUAUAGCAAAAGGACAUUUUUCCUUCCCUUAUUAUCAUCAUGUUAAAAGCUAAUUAUAUGCUUGAUGAUAUACAAGACAUGAAAAUAAAAACACUUCUGCUUCAAGAAGUUUACAGUCUGCUAAUAUCUGAUACUGUAUUAAUAUCCAAUUUCACUCCUUUAAUUUAUUCCAUAGUGAAAUUCCAGACCUUUUGAAUCCUGCACUAUUUAGUCUACCACCUGUCUUCUCUAUGCACAUAUAGGGAGAGAUGAAAGAGAGAAAUUCUGAGUAAACACUGUUUGAGUGAUAGGACACAUCUUGAAGCUCAUAACAUUCUCCUCUUUCAAUUAUUUCCUUACUAAGAAAAGCAUAGCUUUUGUUUUAGGCCAUUUUUUUUUUAACUAGAUGCUUCAACACCCAGAAGUGACUAUGUUCUUACUGUAAUUACAGAAGUGUUUAUUAUAGUUUUUUGUGGACUGAGGACACUGCCUGUCUUUGCUGGUGUUCAGACCUGUUUUCUGUACAAGUUUAAGGCUAUAAAGGAAAUCCUAUCAGGCUCAUCAGUGGAACCUUAAACUUGUCAUUGUUAACAACCAAUUUUAAGAUUUUCAUUUUGGGGGUUUUUUCCUAUUUAAAUUGAAAAUGGUCAUAUUGGCUUGAAAGGGUAGAAAACUGGAAAAGAACCAGAGUAACUGAGAAAUGACAGAAUCGCCUGAGAGCUUUGAGUUGCAUGUCUCAUACUUAAUCUGAAGAUGGCAGUGUGACUUAAAAAUAAUCAUUGGAAAACAACUCUAUUGGGCAUUUUUGUGAGUGGCUAAUGUUUCACUCAAUUUUCGUACGCUCAGAUAAACGAAAUAUUUCUUUCUGUGGUGCUAAUCUUUGAAUUUAGGCCUAGUGUUUUAGUAAAGUAAUUCAUCCUGGACUGGUUCACCAUUUGUACUUUAAGUUUAUUACUAGGGAUUUCAAAGGAACUGUAAAACUGAUAAAUUAAAAUGGAGGAACAGGUUAUGAUUAUCUAGUCGAUGAGUUAUCUCUGUAAGGCCUUUGUAAGCAUUUUGACACUUCACCCCCAACUUCAGUGAGGGAAAGAGAUGCUCUCUAAUUUGCAGUGUUUUUAUGGGUGACUGAAAUUAUGCAUUAAUAGUGACGUAAAUAUUUAAUUUAGCUUCUAGUUCAAUGCUAAGGGUAAAAUCUGUUCCAUUUAUGUGCCUAAAUGGCACAUACGUAGCUAUGUAACUGCAGUUUUUGGCACUUAUGUGCAGACUUAGUAGGGAAAUAGAAUUUCCCAGGUAGAUGGCCAUGCAACUCUGGAAGUUUUAGUCAGGAAAAAACCACAACAAGGCAGGUAUUGUACACUUGAAGAGGAAGGCAGCAGUCUCACUUUUAAGACUAAUAGUCUAGUGGUUAGGGUACUUGUCCCAGGACCAGGAGCUCCAGCUUCUAGGCCCCCUUUAUUUAGAGGAGGAACCUGCAUUUCCCAGGAUAGUGCUUUAACCCCCUGUUUGAAGCUGGCUCACUAUACCUUGCCUUUACUAUUCAUUAUGUUGAUGCACAAGAUGUGGGUGGUUGAUGGAGUGUGGUAGUUGCCGUGCUCCAGCAGACUUGAUUGAGUCUGCUUUGAUGCGCUGUAAUUACAGUGCUUCAGAGCAGUCUCCCUGCUUAUGUAUAGGCACCCUUAUAUACCACUUAAGCAUGUAAAGUGAAAUAGGAUUUAGACCCAGAAACCUUCUUAAACUCAACAAAUCACUUAGAAACCAAAAAAGCAUGCAUUCCUACAGCAUGGCUACCUGUUUCAGCCUGCUUGCUGAGUUUUAUAUCACUGACCAAAAUGCAUAUUUAAAGUGGAUGAAUUUGCAUUGAGAACAGGCUCUUGCUUCCAUUAUUUAAUUCAAGACAGUUGUGGAAAGCAGUAUUAUUGGCAUCAACUCUACACAUAACACUUAAAUCUACAGAGUGUUAUGCAUGUUAGUUGUUGACACUUGAUUUAGAAGAGUGCAUAAUAGGCUAAAUUAACAGAGUUUUCAGACAGGCAUGCUCUUUUUUAAAGGUUCAAUGGAUGGCUGAUCUAUAGAUCAGAGUUGAUUUAUAGCAAUUUUAGGUUUAUUUGUCAGUACUGUUCCUGAGCAUUCAAAAGGACUAAUCUUCUUAAGGAAACAAUUCUUUCAGUAAAAGAGCGAAUUUAUUUGUGUUCAUGAAUACACUUCCUAUGAUGCAAAUGUUGCAUUUGGGGAAAAAUCAAGAUAGAUAUUAAUUCACUGUUAUAUGCAUGUCAAACCUGGUGCCUAUAUAAUUUUAUAUUUAAAAUAACAUGUCAGAAUGUUUCAAUGUAAAACUAUACAGAAAUUAAAGUGUAUUCAUUUUUA